ACUGCCUUCCACAGGAUGAAGCCUACUUGCUGCCUUCUCAUCACCAUCCUCCUUCUUCAGAUGAGUGUAGGGAACACUGAGUGUUCCUUAGACUCCAUUGUGGACGAAAAGAUAAAUGAAGCUCUCCAAGAUCUGGAGGUCAAUACUUCUCCCCAACUCUUAUGUACCAGUAUCACCAGCUCUGGCAGACUGGCCUCCUGCCCUGAAGGGAAUGUUGUCACGGGCUGUGCUUGUGGCUAUGCCUGCGGUUCCUGGGAUAUCCGAGGGGACACCACAUGCCACUGCCAGUGCAGCGUGGUAGACUGGGCCACGGCCCGCUGCUGCCACCUGACCAAAGAAGGAUGA